AUGUUAGUUUCUUUCAAAUUAUCUGUGUCGCGAGAAAGACGUCCAAGAGACGUAAUAAUCUCAUGGUACAACUUCCAAAAAGAUAUGGAAAUUUACCAGUAUCGGGGAACUCUCGAACAAUUCUGUAAUCAAUUUAUGAACAAUCAUAAUUGGGAGCAUAUCAAAAAAGCUUGGGCGGUGAGACACAGAGAAAACUUGUUAUUCCUUUCUUGCGAGGAUUUGAUAAAGGAUCUAUCUGGAACUAUCGAAAAAGUCAUUGCAUUCUUCGGCCAGACUUACAGCGAUAAGCAAAUCGCCAAGUUAGUGAACCAUUUAAAGAUAGAAAAUUUCCGUAAAAAUUACAUGGUGAAUCAAACGUUUAUCAGUUCUGCGAUAAAGCCCGAAGCAUUCAUCCGACAAGGAAAGGUAGGCGGUUGAAAAGAAGUGUUUACCGUAGAAAUCGAGGAGAAAGUCAGCAAGUGGAUUGCUGGUAAUACGAAAGAUACGGAUCUGACGUUUUCUGAUUAA